AUGAACCCUGAUUUGCCCCGCGCUGAGAGAAUAGCCCAAGCAUUGGAGGUCAGUGCCGAGGACUAUCGACAUCUUCCGGAAACCAAGCCGGAUGAGCUUCCAGCUGAGGACCCGCUGGACGAGAACGUUUCCGAGGCGGGCUCUGAUGUCACCAACUUGGAGGACCUUGAGGCAGAGCUAGGACCAUCUGCGCCAGAGUCAGUGCGGCCUCGAGUCGUCAUGGCUGGCCUCGAAUCGGUGCCUGCCUUCACUGAGCGGGCGAAGCAGAUCGGGAUCAGCGAGGAGCUCCUGAAGAAGUUCGUCGACAAGAACUUGGAUACCUACGGGAAGCUGGCAGUCAUAUGCAGCAGCCGGCCAAGCUCAGGUGACGACAAGGCUUUGUUCGAUUCCAUCAAAGAGCUUAUAGGGUCGGAAGUUCCGGUGGAGCAGCAGUCCAUAGCACGGGCUUCCCGAACUGGAGAGUCCAGCCCGAGAGAAAUGCCACUGGCCGAGCGCCUCACGAGGCUCAAGCGCCAACGAGGCGAGCUCAAAGGGCUAGAGCUCGACGUGCACACCGAGCCGGGGCACGCACUAGUGGAUCGAGUACAGGCGAUGCUCGACAGCGCUCAGGUGCUGCACAUCGCCCCGGAGAAGUGCAUCUCCAGACAUGACGAGAUCCUGGGUGACAAAUCGGAGCAGAAGCUGUCCUUGGGUGCCGAUGGCAAUAUCAAGAUUACGAAGCAGGCUUCAUCGCUUCGCUGCGAGACCACAGGCGAGCUAAAGCUCAGGCGCUGCUUCCUCAGGCGGGCGCUGGCUUUCGAUCAGGUGGGGCUUGCAAGCUUCACCACCAUGGAAUCGUGGCACAACAAGAUGUUUCAAGCCUUGCGUGAUGCGCCGCCGGCAGGGUAUCGCUACACAACCGUGCAGCAGGUUUUGGCUGCUGACCAAAAGCUAUGGCAAGUGGUGGCCCAGGAAAGCCGGGGCGACAUCUCCAUAAGUGUUGGCCUUCCAGCUCCGCUUGAUAAGCACAUCGUCGCGGCCUCGAGCAAUCAGUUCGUCAUGUCGUGCUUGACUCACCUCCCCAAGCCGCCCCAAGCCCCCAUGCAAACAUGGAGGCCGCACAAGGGAGGCAAGGGCGACAAGGGUGAAAACAGCAAAGGAGGCAAAGGCGGCAAAGGUAAGAACAAGGGCGGCAAAAACAAUCAGUCAAAUGCUGAGUCGAGCCCCAACACAUCGCUGAAAGAGCUGCUCGACAGCCUCCCGGAAGGUUGUGUGCGCGUCACCGAGGAAGGUCGUUUCAUAUGCCCGUUCUAUAACAAGGGCAUCUGCCGUUUUCAGAAGGGCAAAUCUUGCCGCUUUGGGAAACACGUGUGCAACUUCAAAGGCUGUGGUGCCGAGAAACCCUACAUAGAGUGCCGGCAUUGA